UCCGCAAGUCUUCACAAACCCGAUAUAAAUUCGAACGAGCGUCGAUCGAUGUGGAAAUUUUUUUUCGCUCCUCGUACGCCGCGAGAAAAUGGCACGACGUACCCUUCGCGUAUCUUCGCGACGAUUUCGUCAUUUACUCUAUGAAACCGUUCGAAACCGCGUAGCGAUAAAAACGAUACCGCGCGACGAUUGUGCCACCCCAAGUCUUUGACUAUAAAAGGCAAAAGUAACUGAACUAUACGGAGAUGAAAUUGAGCGACCGCAAUACCGGAAGUACGAGAAUAGAAUCAGCUUCGUGGUGCAACGCUUACACGCUACGCAUAGAGAUGCUAUUUAAAACGGAUUAGUUUCUGGCGAUUCCGAUCAGUCUUUGUGAAAACGACCGCUCCGAGCAUAGCCUGUUUUAAAAAUGAUCGUUCUUCGAAGUAACGUGAUUCCAACUUUCUUCGGAGUCUUUCUACUCGCCGGUCGUCAGUCUCUGGGGGUGGAUGAUUCCGAGUUUCCGGCAGAAACAUCGGCCGCCAAUUCCAGCAUUACUGACAUCGGAGAGCAGAUAGCUAGAGAAACGCUAGCGUCGAUGAUCGACAUCGAUUCGAUGGACGCCCGCGCCCGGACGUUCGCGCGGGAGAUGAUCCAGAAGGCGAACGACGAUUCGCGAAACUCGACCGCUCUGCAAUUUUUGAAAGAAAUGCUCCGACCGAGGCCCGACCGUUCGAGGAUCCUCGGCGCCGCGCAGUUUGUGAAAGAAAUGCUCCGAUCGCCGCCCGCGGAUACCGAUGAGCAAAUCGUUCUGGGGUCGUUACAUCACAUGGUCAUGUCCUCGCUCGCCAAAACGGACGAUCUCAAGGUCUUGGACUUUCUGACGGAAGUCCAAGACCCGGCGGAGGAAAGCCGACCCGAUUGUAAAGAAUCGAAGGUGAAUUGGAACGAAUUCGUUACCCUGGAUGAAAUGUGGUACGAAACUUGCAAGAGAUCGAUCGAAGACUAUUGCGCAUUUACCGAUACCUGCGUGCCUCUUUGCUGUCCACGAGGAGAGUCGCUGAUCGAAGGAAGAUGCGAGACGACGGACAACUUGACUUCGGUAAGCUUCACCGAGUCGCUGCCGAGGUCGAUGGGUUCUGGCGUUCUAACGGAAGGUCUUGAUCACCGUACGUUUCGCAAUGACCCAUGCGACGUUCUUUGGAAUGAGGAAAUUAUACUGACGGAAUACACCGUUUGGCCAAGCGGCCUUAUUUCACCGGCCGGGGAAACGACGUACCUCUACGACAUCGACGAGUACUGUCUAUUUCGAGAAUCCGCUUCCGAAAUUUACCGAGCAAAAGUUUGCCGGAAAUUCGAAAACGCCGAGGAUCCGUGGCACGUUGCCGGUCUGGCGAUAGCGAGCUUAUUCACCCUGGCGAGUUUCGCGGGUUACACCUUAGUACCGGAAUUGAGAAAUCUUCAAGGGAACGUAUUUCGCUCGUACGCCUUCACUUACGUUACGACGAACCUCGUCAAUUUCGCGUACAACUUGACCCCGCCGUUCCUGAUAUUCUACAACGAUCUAUUCAAGGACUACGGCGACCUGUCCAUGCAUCUUUGGCUGAACGUGAUGAGCUUCACCAUUUGGAGAUCGUUCGGGAGGGUGAGAGCCGUCGAGCGAAACAACAAGGAAGGCGACAGGAGGAAGUACGUACGAUACGCGGUUUACGCUUGGAUUACGCCCGCUGUUUUGCUCGGGGGUUGCGUUACAGCUGAGUACAGCCUGUCCGCGAUUUCCUACGAUAGACCGACGGAAAUUCGAAAAUGGUCCAACUGGGUAUUCAUAAGCAUAGCGAUGAUCUGUAACAUAUCCUUGUGCACGACUACCGUUCUCACCAUCUGGAGGCACAAAAAAUUUAUGGCGAAUCUCCACAAGGACGGGGAUAACCGGCUAACCGAAAAAAAACCAUGGCUCAAUUUAUACGUGAAAUUGUUCGUCAUAAUGACGAGUGCAACGACCAUCAGAGUGGUGCUUGGAUUCUUUUUGAUGAUCCUGAUGGGGCACAACGUAUUUUACAUCAGCGUGAUGCUACAAAUGGUCCAAGCUAUUUUUAUAUUCGUUGUUUUACUGUGUAAAGAUAAUGUCAAAAAAUCGAUCGGCGAACGCUUCGAAAAGAUUUGUGAUCGAGUGGCUGUUACCAAAUUUUUUAUCACGAAGCCUGCCGAUAUUCCAAUAUGAGAUACACGUUCAUUGAAUAAUCGGCAAUAAAAUGAGUAACCAGUUCUGUUUAA